CCCCGCGUGGCCUGACAGACACUGGUGGUUGGUAGCAGUGAAAAUUUCAGCGAGUUCACAUAAGUCACCAUAUUGAGCGACGGAGACAGAGAAGUGUCAAAGUGAGAAAAGGGAUUUUGUCAGAAACAGCAGACGAUCGGUAACAGUAGCAACAUCAACAUCAACCGAGGCGGACAUACAAGUUCUGGUUAUCUGCUUGAUGUUGCAAAGCGUAGGGACGGAACGACGUAAAGAGAGACAGACAUCACCUCUCUGCGCUCUCCUCUCUCCCUCAAAACUUUUUCAGCAGUGCUCUUCCAGUUGUCAUCAUAUAAAACACGUGAUUCGGGAAGACAUAGCGGCUCAGUGCUUGUUGGAACGUUGCGGCCAGUGGUUGGCCAGAACAACUCGGUAGGUCCUCCUCUUCAACAAUCCCUUUUAAGAGAUAUAUAUACAAAAGACCUAUCAUAAACAUGAUUGUCAUCAGUAAAGAGCAAUGCUGCAAUUUAUACCGAAACCACUUGACAGUAAUUGCAGCUCAUAAACUACACGAAGACAUCUUUACGAGCCACGUGGUCCUGCUACGUUGAAGAAAAGUCGUGGAGGAACAGCGUCUACUGCUUUUAUCGUACAGCGUGCGUGUGCUUAUUUGUUUUUAACUAUGCACUUAUAAAGUGGCUUUUAAAAGUAUUUAACAUGAAUGAAUAGACAAUUUAUAUCAAAAUGGACUCGAUGUACUGCGGUGAUUUAGUGAAGAUGAUCGUAAGUCUGCUCUAUUAAAAGAUUCAUCGCCGAGUUGAACUUCGUUAGUCUGUUGUUACUAAUUAAGCAAUAGUAUUUUAUUGGUUUGUCGGUCAACAAACUUACCAGAAUCGUAAACGUUGGUCCAUAUGUUACUGCUGCUACGUAAAUGUGAGUGUUGUGCUUUAGUCCGAUUUUGAUCCUACACUUGAUAAAGAGACGUACUGUUAAUAACUGCGGCUAAUUCGUACGAACAUAAAAUAAUUAUUCCCCACAAUAGUUCCUACGCGUGAUAUUUGUUUGUGGUUCGUAUCUGAAGUAAAGACAUUUAAUUGCUUUUCUGUGUGUUGAAUGAAAAAUUGUCGUGACUUAUAUCUUUAACUUUAUCGCUUUCCCUGCAAGAAUAAACACCGAGAAAGUUCUUGUAAGCAAUUUAAAAAAAAAAAACUUACGCGUGACACAAUGAGUUCUUACCAGUUCGUAAAUUCUUUGGCGUCUUGUUACGCGAACCAGGGUCAAGCCCAAAGACCAGGCGCUUCCCCGGUGAGUGCCCAACACCCUGCACCCGGUCAGGGGCAGGCUCCAGACUACUACAACCCCAAUGCUGGUGCGACCGUCUCGUACCCACCCACCUGCUAUUCGCCUCAGCAAGUUUCCGGUCACCAUACCCAACACUACCCUCAACAUCCCUACGCUGCCAGCAACGUGGCAGCAUCUCAACACAUGCAGAAUGGAGGUGGUGCAGCCUCAAUGGUGGACUACACCCAGCUGCAUUCAUCCCACCCUCAGAGGCUUGGGGGUGGUGCAACUGUGUCUCAUCUCCAACAGCACUCUCAUCAUCACAGCGCAAGCAAUGCGAGUCCUGGUGCCGUCACCCCUCCGCUAGGGGUGGUUACAACACCUGGUGGAUCUCUUCUCAAUAACAACUCGGUCGCGAGUAAUAGCAGCUGUAAGUACGCGGACUCAACGUCUACCACAGGGGUUAGCUCUCCACAAGAUCUGAGCACAACUGGGCCAGGACCUCAAAGAAGUAGCCCGCCGAUAUCGGCGGCUCAGCAGAGCUCCAACCCCAACGUGUCUGGAGGGAAAUCGACAGUAACUUCACCGGCUUCUGCUUCGAGUGUGAACAGCACGUCUGGAACCGCCGUGAGGGGUACUGGGUCGUCAUCGGCUACCUCUCCGGCAUCCACGGGCCCGCAGCAGGCCACUGGGUCUACGACGGCGUCAUCGGCUGUUUCUCAAAGUUCCUCGUCGCCUGCAUCUUCAACUUCUUCUACUUCUAGCACGACGGGAUCGACAAAUAACAACAGCAAGCAAGGAGGAGGGUCAACGUCUAACAAUCCUCCGCAGAUCUACCCCUGGAUGAAAAGGGUGCACCUCGGACAGA